AUGGCAAAUAAUGGUGAUGCUUGGCAAAUGCCAAACCCUGGAUUGGGGCACAACGGGAGUUUCCAAACUGCCGCAGAUUUCCAUCAACAACAGCAGCAGCAUGCGAUGCAAUAUGCUCCACCUCCGAAUGCACCCUGGAUGCAAACUGCUGACAUUGCUCAAUUGACCGUUAGCUUUGGACAGUUUUUGCAGCAACAGCAAGCAUCCCAGCAGCAACUUCUCGGAGAAUUAUCUGGUCACCUCGCACAGCUUGCUCAGUCUAAUGCACGCGAUGUUCGGCCCAGACGUGAUGAACAAGUUCCACCCGCUAUGGAUGGACACCCAGAUCAGCUCCUCAAAAAUUUCGACCUCCAGAUCCAACAAAUCUUGAAGAAGUUGAGCAGGGAAUGGGAACGACGUGUCGCGAAGCUAUUCUCUCAAAAAUCCCUGGAGAAGAAGUACGAAGAGCUAGAUCGCAGCCACAACAUGCAUCGUGACUUCAAAACGGAAGCAGACAAGCCAUGGCAGUUUGCCAAUGAUUACCCUUCCAUUGCCACUCCGAGUGAAUUGGAGUUGGCUAACAUGGAUUCCGAUGCAAUGACAGAUGGGCGUUACGACAUCCAUAGGGCUUGGCAGCAAAUGCGACAGCGCCAUGCAUUGGAAUGUUGGAAGUUCGUGCAACAGCACCAAAAACGAUAUCUGCAGCAUUUGGAGAAAACCACCAGCCGUCAACAUUUCCAUCAAGAAGCAUCGGAUUCUGUGACUUCAUUCAUGCUUUCUUUACCAGCGUUUUACACCGAGGCUGAUCGUGCCAGGAUUGUGGGUAAGAUCCAGGCAUGGACUGACCUUUUCAGUCGCCACACCCUCGGUGCUUACAGUUCCCGUCAUCGAGCGCAGGAAGAAAAGGCUGUGAACAGACAGAAGCAACUCGACGAUGCCCAAGCUCGCUAUGAAGCCAUGGACCCGCGGACAUUCCAGGUAGCCUUGGCACUCGAGGCCCAGAAUGUCAAGCGGAAGCAGGAUCACAAGGGACACAGCAUGAAACCAGGACCCAAAGUGACCGUGCAUCAGCAAUCAGCUCUAGGCAGUGUUCUGGCAAAAAAUCCGGAUCUUGCGGAUGAGUAUAACUUGCAAGUCAAGGCGAAUCGUGGUGCUCGCGGCAGCUUAGGACAACAAGAACGGCGAACCACAUCUCAGCAAAGUCGCGCAGGAAGAAGCCGAAGUGCGUCAUACAUGUCAGCUCGCUCUUCGGCGUCACGGCAUUCUUCUCGAAAGUCAUCCAAAAGUAUUCGAUUCUCCAGAACGCCGUCGCAGUCCUCCAGGAAAACUCACAGGAAGACUCCACGAGCUCGGAGUACAAGUCGCUCGCAGCAUUUUGGUCAUUCACAUCAUGGUCAAAAGCCAAAAAACGGCAAAGGCCAGCCUCGGGGCCGAAGCCGAGGCACAGGCUCCAAGCCCAAAGGCAAGGGCAAAGCCAAAGGUGGCAGCAGAGGACGGCAGUGA